CAAUCAUCCAGCCGCGAGAAGCGACACUGACGAGCCACCAUGAAUGGCUUUGACUUCGAUAAAGCAUGCGGGAGUCCACUCCGCAUUAAGUUUCGUUUGGGAUAUAGCACAGUAUCCGCCAUUGGCCAAGCAAACGACAGCAAGCACUUGAAUGUCCUGCGCCUAUCCAUUCUCCGCAGCCCUUUCGAACGCAAACUCCUAGCCCUGAUCCCAUGGCUUCCUCGUUUCCUCCAAACACUUAUAGCGACAAAUUUCCCGGGCCUCUUCCUCCCCAGCCGCGUGGUGCUCAAGAAGAUGAAGCCGGGCUGGCUUGAGGAGUUCGAUAACGAGAAGACGAUGUAUGAAAAACUCCAAAGUCUCCAGGGCUACGUGAUACCCAAGUUCUACGGCGAGGCGAAAUUUGAGGGAACACGCGCUCUCAUCGUGUCCGAAGUAGUUGGUAUUAUGCCAUGGGAGCAAAAGUUACCGCCCCUUCAGGGUGACGAAUUCAAGGAGCUUGUUGAGGUUGCAUUCCGGGCGCUUAAUGUGUUUGGCCUGGUUUAUGACGAUAUAAAAUUAGAUAAUAUAAUUCUCGUUCAAGAUGGGGUUGUACUAGUCGACUUGGAGUCAGUCUACGAGCCUCCGCUAGAGGACAGAGAGUAUUUCUUUGAUUCUGAUCGGACUCAGCUUAUGGUUGUAUAUAAGAGAUAUCUGGAUAAUUGUUAUAAUGAUUUUUAAUAUACCGCUUCAUGUAGAUAUUUGGGACGGAAAGGCCCA